CUAAGCUGACUUUCGAUUCACCUUCACCAAACUGUCGGCGGCGAUGCUAAUUUGGUUCAUAUAGUUUAUGGGAUUUGUUUAUUCGAAGUACUUUGAAUUUGGUUACUGAAUACAUUAUUAAAGAAAAUGCUUAGCUGUUAUAUCUGUACGUUAGCUUACAAAAGAGAGACACAUAAAUCUUCAAGAUUAUUUUAUUUUUAAUAAAUCAAAAGAGAAUUUGCUUGUUUAAGUAGCUUCUUUCCACCUUCCAGAAGACUCCAAAGAUCGAUGUCGUUUCUCUUUUCCAUAACAUUCCAUUUGAAAAAACUCUUGCAGAUGUAUAUAGGGAUACAUAUUUAAAUAUGUUUUUGGUCUGUUUUUAUUUCCGUGUUUCUGAGAUUUGUACUUGUUUGUUUGUGUAUUUUGUGAUAUUGCAUCUAUUUCAGAUGAAGUAAAAUCUGUACAAUUCAAUUCAUAGUAUAAAUUUUUGAUCGCCUAUAAUAUUUUUUUAUGAAUCCAUUACAUUCAUUUAUUUGUAUAUAACUAUCGAUAAAUCACAUUAAGAUAACCUAGACGCACAUAAUUAAUCCCACAAAUAAAAAAUUGUUUUCUCAUAAAUUUUUAGUUUAUACAUAAACUUGUUUUAUAUAUAUACAUAAGCAAACAAUUUACGAUUAAAAAGCUUGUCUUUGACCUACCGUGCAUUUACGAACUAAAUUUUAUUGUUAAUAGAGUAUAUAAAUAGUUUUGUUCAAAAAAGUAUAUAAUAUAAUAAUUAUUACUAGAAUACUAUUUAACACACACGAAGGUUAAGACAAGAAGAGGAAGGUACCUGAUUGACUACAUUCGAAGACCUAUAUAAACCUCAACACACAUAUCCCAUUUCACUUCAUCUUCGAUUACAUCACUACAAAACAUCAUCUUAACUCUACCUAUCAAUGGCUGUUUCUAAUUCUCUAAUUAUCUCUCCAAGAGAACUCCGGUCUGAUCUAUACUCUUACUCCUACCAAGACAACUCCAAGACACCUCUGGUUAUCUCUCUACUCUCGUCUCUGAUCGACAGAACUUUAACUCGGAACCAGAGGAUUAGUCGGAGAGCGUCGCCGGCGUGUUAUUCUUCAUGCGGCGGUGGCAAAACCCAUAUCUUUGAUUGCCGUGAAAUCCCCGACUUGACUAUACAAUCGUACCUUGAGAGGAUUUUCCGGUACACUAAAGCCGGUCCUUCGGUUUACGUGGUGGCUUAUGUCUACAUUGACCGGUUCUGUCAAAUCAAUCCCGGUUUUAAAAUCAGUCUCACCAAUGUACAUCGUCUCCUCAUCACCACCAUCAUGAUCGCUUCUAAAUACGUCGAGGAUUUGAAUUACAGAAAUUCAUAUUUCGCCAAAGUAGGUGGACUGGAGACAGAAGAUUUGAACAGAUUAGAGUUAGAGUUUCUGUUCUUGAUGGGAUUCAAGCUACAUGUUAAUGUGAGUGUGUUCGAGAGUUAUUGUUGUCAUCUUGAAAGAGAGGUUAGUUUUGGAGGAGGUUAUCGGAUUGAGAAGGCAUUACGUUGCGCGGAAGAAAUUAAAUCCGGACAAAUGAUCGUUCAAGAUCCUAACCAUCAUCAUCAUCAGUUUGCUCGAAUCUUGUUGUAGACAAAUAAAUUUUAUUUUUUGUCGCUUUGUACUUGUGAUGAUGAUGUUUUAGUGACAAACUUGUUGGUUAGAGUUUAAUAGUGUUUUCUAUGGUCUUUGUGCAAAUAUAAAUAUAGAUGUGUAGAGAUGAGCAAUGAUGUAAGUACGAGCAUUGUAUUAGAUUCAAUAUCAAUUGAGUUUGAGAAUAGUGUUUCAUUUUUUUUCAUCUAA